AUGCCAUCUGGCGUAACGAGUCAGUUUUUCACGUGCCUCAUCCCGCUCGUCGCCGUCCUCAAGGCGUCGUCCCUCCCCGAGGCUGUCUACCGACAAUCGCCUGUUUUCGUUGCCUCGUCGUCUGAGUCUACUGUGAAACGCCAUCCACACGCCUUUGAAGCAUAUGGACUGGUCCAUGCGCAAUGGACAGGCAAUGGGGCUUCUUCUGAUUGUACGGCUGCGGGCUGGCCAUGGGAUAAACCCUCGACGGACGGCCCUUUGCCAUUUAUGCCCAACGACCCUCCCGCGCACCUUUCCCUCGCUGGGAAUGCCAGCUACAGCGACCGCCGCGACGCUCAGCGCUACGCAGCCUACCAAGUCCCCGACCGUUUUCGCCUGGCCGACGCAUUCCGUCAGGCCAUAGCGUCACCGAAGUACUGCCUCUUCGAUGCUAGAGAGCCCGACGUUUGCACAAGACUCCGCCUGACCAGCAAGCUAUGGAAUGGGGUCGUACAAGGAGCCGUCCAGAGCGGGAGACUCUACCAGAUGGUGAACGUCGGUGCCUCGUGCGCCGUUUCGACCCUGUCGGACGACCAGAAGAUCUCCCGCGUCGAGCAGUAUCUAAAGCUAUCCAAGAACAUGCCGCUCACCGUCAUCCUCGCCGCUCAGCACCAGCAAAACGGCGAGCUGCCGCCCUAUGUCAGGCCGGUGCUUGACGAGUCCCACCGCUGGGCGGCGGUGACCGUUCGCACGGACCUCGGCAGAGCCGCUCGCAGCCUGCUGCCAAUCAACGGUAAGCUAGGGCAGCUCACGCACGUCAAGAUCGAGCACGACGACAACGUCAACGACGACGACGACAACGACGACAACGACGACAACGACGACGACGCCAGAGUAGCAGAAGAAGAAGACACCGGAUCCGUCGACUUCGCGAUCUUUAAGAACGCCCCCGCCCUCACCAGCGUCAUCAUCGCCGGGCCCACCCUCUCCAUCUUCAACGUCGAGCUCCCAUACGAGCAGCUCCGAUCGAUCAGCGUCGCCGACAUCGGCUCGGACGGGCUCCUCAACGUGCUGUGCUUGACGCCUGAGCUCAAGGAGCUCGCAUGGACACUCGGCCCCACCGUCGACCUGGACGAGUACAGCGAUCCGUCUGACUGGCAGAACGACUUCCCUGUUCUACAGCACCUCACCACGUUCACCCUCGACGACGCCACCUACGCGAUGUCGUCCGGUCUCCUCGAUAUCGUCCACUUUCCGGCUCUACGCGAAAUCGAAUUUACUACACCCUCGUUCUCGCAGAUGACGCACCUUGCGGUACGCAGCCUCCUAGGUCGCGCCACUGAUCGCGCGGGUGUCUACGUCGCCUCCCCUGAUGAGGGAAGAGUGCAGGCGGACGCAUACGACAAAAUGUUCGGUGCCGUUGCCUCGGCUGCACUGGUUUUGUCCAAGCCCGGUGACGAGCUUUGAUGCAUGUAACGGGAUGUGAGUAUUUGCUCAUCGUCAGGCCUCGUAUUUAUCGCGCUGCAUUUGCUUUGCGGUCUCAGCAUCCCUGUAAUCCUCGCGCAUCAUGCUAUCGUUCUGUAGUUUCGGUUGUUUCUCCGUUGUUUGUUGUCCUUGCU